UUUAAAAGGAAUAAAAUAAUUACUUUUUUUCUGAUCAAUUUAACGAGUCUACUCAGUUUGAGAAAAUCCUUGACUUACGUAAAAAGAGGAAAUCAUUGUCGUUUUCUAACAUUACUUCCCUUUCUCUCAAAAUAUUUUCUUUUAAAAAUGUAAGAGGAAGUCGAAGUUGUUAAUGACAUCACUUUCCUUUGUCUUAAAAUACACUGGUUUUUAAUGCCCCAUAAAAGGUAAUUUUUUUAAUUAAUAGUCAACCACUUCCGUGAUUGUGGAUGUGUUGUGAUGUCUGAUUGGAUAAAAAUAUUACACCCUGGAUAUGAUGGGAGGGGCAGAGACAAGGAAGCAGACGAUUGAAAAAAAACUGGCUAUUUAGACUUUGUGUCUUCUUCAAGAGCUUCAAAACUCCAUGGCUAAUCAUAGUGGAUAGUACAUCUUGAGUGGGGCUAUGCAAUAAGGACUGAGAAGCUGAAACCAAUCAUUUUACCUGCAGUUCAAGGUGGAUGCUGUCCUCAGUGAUGUACGAGCCUUCAACCUGCCAAGCUUGAUGUGAAACCACCGUUGUUCUUUGUUCUACUGAACUUGUUUUCCUGUGCAUCUGACCUCAUCAGAAUUGUGUGAGGACAUACCAUUUCCACACGCAAUCAGCAGCAAAAUGAUGCUAGCCAGCAUGAUGUCUCCAAUUGGUUUAGUCCUUGUGAUGCUUCUCUAUACAGCUGAGGGGCGUUUCACAAGCCAUCCAAGGAGUCAGACAGUAUAUGAGGGGCAACAUGUCAGAUUUACUUGCGGAUCAGCAUACAUGAUUCUUUGUCAUUAUCCAAGUUUCCGUUGGUAUAGAUCUACCACUAGUCACCCAUCACAACAAUAUGUUUCUGGUUGUAUCCAGGUUGAUCCUAGUUUAAGGAAUCGUAUGACUGUUGAGCUUGAUAUACUAACCAGGGUGUUUCACCUUGACAUCCAAAACGUGCAGCUGCAAGAUGGCGGACAAUACUGGUGUCAAUUAUUCUAUUUUCAGAACAGCCAAUCAAAUAGAAACUCUUCAAAAGCCACACUGACAGUAAUCCCACGACCUCCUCCUUCUUGCAUGGUAACCAGUCCGUCAAACCACAAAGUGGGUGACAGUGUUUCAUUUACAUGCACCUUGGCAGAGACUGACCCAUCAGCUGCUAUAACUUGGUACAUUAAUUCAUCAAGUGGCCAUCAUCCACUCUCUUCAAUCCGUGAGGUCCGAGAAGGUCGCGUUUCAAGAGUUAAUCGAGUACUGCAAGCAACCGACAACAUGAAGGAGUUUGUUUGCGUGGCUGGUCCAGACUUUAACACUGGCCCAAGAUGCUCAGUUACACCUCUGCAGAUACCAACGAACGUUUCCAUCUCACCAACUUUUCAGUCUGUAUAUGAGGGAGACAGUGCAGUGUUCACGUGUAAUGUAGAAGCGAUACCCCCUCCAACAGGCGAAGAGUACAGAUGGCGAAUAUAUAAAACUAAUGAAUCAGGUGUGACAGAUCAAGGUGUUAUGCUGACUAGUUUUGAUGGCCGAUUUAACAUGAUAGGGAAUACUCUGGAGAUCCUUGCAGUGUCUACUGACUUUCAUAACUCUUAUGUAACUUGUAGAGCCAUUUAUCCUCAAGGUUCUUCCAUCAGCAUCGAUGGGUCUCGCCUUACAGUUCUCAGUGUUACAACUGUGCUAUCCCCUACAUCAUCUGCAGCCACGGCAACAAUACAGGAGACCAAGGAUCCAAAUGUCCCUGAAACCGAAGAAACUCACUUUGGGGCGAAUACUCCCAACCAACGUUCCACUAGCAGUAGCAUCAUGGCCACAAUUUCUUCAAAUGAACCCAAACAGGACGGUGAUACAUCUCAGAAAUUGCCAAUUGGUGUUCUCGUUGGAGGAGCGCUGGCUAUUCUUCUCCUUUUGGUUACCAUCCUCCUCCUUGUCUGCUUCUUGGUCAGGAACAAGAGGAAUGUCAGGAGACCGAGACAGGUAGUUACUGGGAGUCCCGUGCAGGAAUCUGCAAGGCAAGACAUAGUCACCGCUGGGUCUUCAGUGGAGACUGACUUGGCAUACUUAAACCUUCCAAGAGAUUACCUAAGGCAACCAACCCGAACCAACAUGUUGCCUGAAGAGACCACAGAGUGCGAGGGGGACCUGUACGCCAUUCCAGACAAGACCGGGAGCAGAGAGGUGAAGCAUUUCACCAUGACGCCACCGGCCAACAAGACCAGCACCGGCCCUGGGUUUGUCAGUCUUCCCCGUAACACGGAGCCUGCGUCUUCAAACGGACAUGGUAGCCACGAAAUGGUAGUCUAUGCUCAGGUGAACAAAAACAUCAAGAGGUACCCCAAACCAUCUGCAGACAAGCCCGCAGUUGGCGAUACCCAAGAGAUGGCAUCAUCACUCCAAGACCAAGCAUCACGAGAUGAGGACACGGAGGAACCCGAAUACGCAGACUUGGACUUUAAUCAAGUUCCUCAAGGAGCAGCGGGAAUCGACGCCAUCUACGCCAAACCCCACAAAGGCCCCAAGAAGUAG